UCCGUUGCCUUCUCACCGGUCCUGCCAAUCUUAUCCACUUAGUGGGGAUUGUCUGGGCUUCCAAACCCAAUUCAGCCCUCAUUGCUUCUCAACGCAGCGGUUCCAAUCACCAUGACUACAUCGAAUCGCUCGGCCAGCAAGAGACUACCCAUCAGUUGCCAAGCAUGUCGAACUAGAAAGAUACGGUGCUCUCGUGAUGGACGUCCAUGCCAGACCUGUGUUCGCCGCGGAUUGGGCGCGGAGGACUGCAUAUACCUGGGUCAACCUAGACUGUCAUCCGAUCAAGCCUUGACGGUAGAGACGGCAGGGCAGAACGAGUUGCUUGCACGGAUCCGCAAUCUCGAGGAGCUACUCCAAAGACAAACACAAUCGCGGUCAAGCGCCUCCCUAUCCCCGCAAAACUCCCCGAGUGCGACAGGCAGCCUCCUUGAGAAUGAUAGUGCCAUUGACCCGGGCUCUAGGGAUGUGAGAAUCCCGUUGCUUAAUAACGUUGGCACUCUCCAAACGUUCGCUUCCGGAUACGUUCGCUAUCUGCCCCUAGCAACUAGCCAAUUGAGCCCUACCGUUACAGGCACCUAUUCUUUGCCAAGUGUGGACAGCGAAAUACCGGAUGAGAGCGAUGACCUGCAAAUCCCGUUGGCUAAGAACUGUGUCUCCAGGGAUGAGCUACUUGCCAUCCUCCCACCUCGUCGGUAUUGUGAUGCUUUGAAAGAUGUUUACUUCCGAGUCUUUUCACCGUUGUUUCAUAUUCUUCACGACCUGACAUUCGAGGCCGAGUACCAGCAAUUUUGCCAUGAUCCGAGUAGCGUGACAACGGCAUGGAUUGCGCUGCUAUUUGCCAUUCUGGCAAUUGCCGUCACAGCGCUUGAGGACGACGAGCCCUUACUCUCCGACCUAGGCCGUGAAAAAACCGUCACCCGUAACAUCAAGAUUCUAUCCUCACGGUAUCGAUCCGCCUCACUGCGUUGUCUGGCAGCAGACGACGUCCUUUCGCGCCACUCCAUUAACUCUCUUCAAUCCCUUGUCCUUAUAAACUAUGCACGGAUUCACCGGGGGCUGCCGACAUGGACCCUAUUGGGCUUCACACACCACGUCGCGAUAGCGAUGGGCUGUCAUGUUGAUCCAGAUCGAUUCCCGCUUGGGCCCAUCGAGCGGGAGGAGCGCAGGCGUGCUUGGACCGGAGUGACAAUACUCUAUGUUGUCCAGAAUACGGUAGUUGGGCAGUUCGACCACCAGGUAGUCUCCCAAAGCGUAAGGCUUCCUCUGGAGAUCAACGACGUGGAUCUGCUUACGGGGUCUCUUUCUUCCGAACAAUCCACAGGGCCGACUCAAAUGACGUAUCUUCUGCUUGAAUUUCGUCUUGACAAGAUCUUCUCUAUGAUCUGCAGAACUCUUUUCAGCUUCUAUCCCAAGUUCAGCCUCUCGCAGCUCGAAGCGCAGAUUUUGUCCGUCCAUGACAUGUGCGAUAAGCGAUACCAGAUUCACACAAAUCUGGAGCCUUUGCCGAUACAUCAUGUGGCCAAUGUAAACAUUCUGUACAGCUAUAUUCACCAGCUACUCUUACUGCUACUCCGACCGAGUCUUUGCUGCUAUCUCCAGGGUGAUUUUACUCCGGAAACAUACGCUUCGAGAACUAAAUGCGUCGCCUCCGCCAAGGCAUCGCUCUCGAUAUAUCAAGCGCUCCAUGAAUCGCCUCAGUUUGCCUCGUACAAAUGGUACAACAGUGGCCUGGGAAGCUUCCAUGCCUUCCACGCGGCUGUGGUCUUAUCCGUGACCCUGAUGUACCCGGAGAGCCAGUUCGAGUACGUCGAGAUCAAAGAAACGCUCUGGAAGUCGUUGGAUGUUUUUGCUGCCUCGUCAAAUCGCAGCAAUUUCUGCAGCAAAGCUGUCCCCGUCCUCCGUCAAAUCAUCGAUCUGGCUUGCGCUAGAGGCCACCAAGCAGUCUUGGCCGUCGACCCGAACACUGGCAUCGUAAGCCCCUCGGCCGAGUACGCGCAGGGCUUGCCGCCCAUGGCAUCGGAGUACAUCACAGAGCCACUUUUUGCUCAGCUCCAACCCCAGAACUGGGUCAGUCCGACUUCCGUCCCAUGGGAUGGUUGGAAGUUUCUCUCCGAACAAGGAUAGCGACUAAAACGAAACCGACAUGCGACUACAUAACUGCUGAGAGUGACACGAGAUCUGUUGCUUUUCAGUUUGCCUGUUGCUGGAGUAAUCUUUUUACACAGCAUGAGACU